UAACCGAGGGCGAUGAUUGCCCCUGGCCUGCAGCAAUGAGCACCAAUGAAAGCGACUCCCCUAAAGGGAUAUAAGCUAGAGCGGGCAGGGAAGGGGCUUAGAAGCAGCUGCCCCCCCCCGGGCCGCGAUGGAGCGCUUCGUCUACCCGCCGUACAGCAUCUACCAAGGCUAUGGGAGCUCUUUCACCCCCAACCACAACGUGGCCCCCCGGCCCCCCUCCAAGCAGAAGCAGCCCAGCUGGAAGCAGAGCAAAAGCAGCAGCAACAACAGCCUCUCUCACUCCUUCAGGGGGAGCUUCUCGGCUCCGGCGCCGCCGGUCUCCUCGCCGGACUACUUGGACACCUACAAGCGGGCCCAGCUGAAAGCCCUGCUGACCCACGUCAGUCCGGGCCUCACCCCGAGGCUCCGCAAAGCCAACACCAAAGAGGUGGGGAUCCAGGUGAACCCCCGGGUGGACGCCGCCGUGCAAUGCUCGCUGGGCUCCCGGGCGCUUCAAGCCGUCCGGCCACACAGCCCCGCCGCCGGGCGCCUCGGCCGCGCCUCCCCGACGCCGACGCUGCUGCCGGGCGUUUACUCGCCCGUCCUCGGCCGUCGACUCUUCACUUUGCCCGAAGCGCAGCCCGCCGAGGAGCCUGAGGCGAAGGAGGCGGGAAAGGAGGAGGAGGAGGAAGAGGAGGAGGCUGUCCCUGAGGAGAAGCCCCCGGAAGGCGAAGUUGGAGACCCCACUGAGGUCCAGGAGGGGAAGGGCGAGGCUCCCAAGAAAGGCGGAGGCGCAGAAGAGAGCAGAAAAACCACCUUCCAGUUCCUAGAACAGAAAUAUGGCUAUUUCCAUUGCAAUGACUGCAAGACAAGAUGGGAAAGUGCUUACGUGUGGUGCAUUUCUGGAACCAAUAAGGUUUACUUUAAACAGCUCUGCCGCAAGUGCCAGAAGAGCUUUAACCCAUAUAAAGUGGAAGCAAUUCAGUGUCAUAUCUGUUCAAAGACUCGUUGCUCCUGUCCCCAGAAGAAAAGACACAUCGAUCUCAAGAGGCCCCACCGUCAAGAGCUGUGUGGCCGCUGCAAAGGCAAAAGGCUAUCUUGUGACAAUACUUACAGCUUCAAAUACAUUAUUUGAUUUGCCAUGAUUAAUAAAUGUGUGCUGUUCUUGCACUUGGCACUAUGCACUUUGUUACUUGUUUGAGAGCAUGGCAUUGACUUUAGGCUUCUGACCUGGCAUUGGAUAAUGGAUCAAAGAUUUUUUGUAAAACUAUGAAAUAUUUGUACUUUACCAGUAUACCUUAUCAUACCUUAUAAUAAAAGCUGAAUUCUAACUGAAUUGUGGUUAAUGAUAUGAAAUGUAACACAGUACAUGAUAUAAUGUUAAGGUAAAACAAAGAAAAUGGGAAGCUUUGAAGGUUUUCUGUAUAACAAAUCUAAAUGCCUGUCAGAACAGUCCCUCUCAUUUGGGAUACUAUUGAUUAAAAUGAAUCACUUAAUGCAUA